CCGAGCCGCCCUGUUAUUACAGAAUGAGCCUUCCCUCUGUCAGCACUGGGGAGAGCUGUGCACAUAGCAAGCUGUCAGUAAAGCUGUGUGAUGAUACAGUGUAACCAGCAGCCACUGUUCUAUAACACUCUGACUUCUGACUCACUUCCGGCAUUAACAGGAAGCAGCACGUUGCACCAGGAAGUGCUCCCGGAGCAGCUGGAGACAGGUGUGUAUGAGCAUUUUAGCGAUAAUCUGGGGUACUUACCUGCCUGUCAGUCACCAGUAGUUCAUACCUACCUGGUUUUUCUAUUAGACAGUAAAUGCCUGCAGGUGUCUAGUUCCCUUCUUUGAUUUUAAUCAUAACAGCUUUUUAAAUGCCUUUCAGCCGUUCAUUUCGAUGGGGUUGAAAUGAUUAAUUUGGGGUUUAUUUACUAGAGAUCAUAUUUUAUCCAGAUAGACAACAUUUGGUGAAAAUAACAAACAUUUAACAGGUAUGGCAAUUUUCAUAUUUAAUACAUUUAUAUCUGGUUGAAAUGAGUUUGUAAUCAUUCUGUACCAUUCAGUGUCUGCUUUAUUUAAUCAGACUAUCAGAUUCACAGUUAUGAAGUUGUCUCUGAUGAUCUUUUGCCUUUAAAUGACUAAAGGGUCCCAUAAACAAUGAAUUACUGCACAGUUCAUUGUGCUUAUUACACCAUAAGCCCUCUCUCAUCUCAGGCAAUGACUUAAACUGGCAUUGUUUUGUAAAAGCGCAAAACAUAAAAAGGGACUCUAGGCACCCAGACCGCAUCAUCUGGAUGAAGUAAUCUGGGUGCUAUGUGUCCCACCUUCCCUUGGUUUAAACCUGCAGCUAAAAAUAAUUUUGUUCUGCAGGAAGGAACAAAAAUGUUUUCAUAAAAUUAUUACCUGACUCAAUUGGUUGUCACACUGAAAGCCACUAGAGACACUCCCACCUAAAUAGUGAUCUCAAACAGGAACUAGCCUCCCAAUGCUUUCCUAUAGGAAAUCAUUGCAUUGACUGAGACCAUUGAUCUCCAUAAUCUCAACCAAAUAGACAGAGCAGAAUGCCAGAGAUCAGUGCUGCGUGGGUGAAAUUGUAAAUAGACUCAUAAUUUUAUUCCUGGCAGCUGGGGCCCCAGUCACCUAAACAUUUGUAUUCCUAUUGUGUUUCUUUAAACAUGGGCUGACUGUGUCAAUUUCUUCCCUAUUGUGCAUGCAGAAUGCACUCACUACGUGCACAAUAGGAAAGACUUACAUUGUCAUCACACGAGAGAGCUGAGUCACAGACUGCAUACAGCUGUUUAAAUCACUGUGGCUCAAUUACUGCAUUCAGGCACAUGGAUUCUCUGAGAGAAUGAGAUCCAUGGGAUCUGGGAAGACCCAGAUUGGGUCUUCCUGCUGACAGUGAUUGGCACUGGGAUGUGCUUGCUACCCCAUUUCGCCAACAUACUGGCUUCUUAACGUAUAGACAUCAGUCAUAGAGAACACAAGAAGCAUUGGCUGGAGGUUAACCAUAUCAACCACAGAUCAGAAAAUACACCUGGGGUAGGUCUUUCCUGGUCUCUCUUCCAGUCAGUUCUUUAGCAUAGAGGUCUAGACCAGCGGUUCCCAAGCCAGUCCUCACAUCACUGCAUUAUUUCAGGUUUUGUCAUUAUCUGCAUUGGAAUAGAAAAGGAAAUGGAUAAAUCCUGUAUUGUUGGUGGGAUAUGAGGACUUAUUUGGGAACCACUGGACUUGACCAAAUAAAUUAUUAAUAGGUGUGGGAAAUACUUAUUUUUAAAUAAGGUGUUCAUCCAUUCUAUACAUUGUUUAGCAAUUUUACUUGCACAACGUAGAGAUGACAUCUAAUCUAUUUCCAAACUAAGCAAACUUGUGUACCAUGACAGGUACACUUUAAGCUUUCAUUUGUAUAUUACAACUUUUUUGACACUACUGCAUAUUUUUGUUCUUAGAAUGCCAGUUCUGCCACUAGAGGAGCAGCAUGUGGAUCACAAGGAUGGAAUGACUGGAAAGUUACGGUCUUUACCUGCCCUGGUGAGACUUGUUAAUUCAAUUUUAGUUUUGUGUGAUUAUUAUCAUAACAUAAUCAAAGCUUAAAAUUUCAUGUCUUAUAUUACUAUAUUUCCAUACAUGUUACUAACCACUGAACAUCUCCUCCAACCUGACCUUUGGAAAUAGACAUUAUAAAUUGAAAUGUAUCACUUGGUUAAAUAAUUGAAACCAAAUUUAAAUUUGAUUUACUUUACUUUCUAUUAGUCUUAAACGCUCAAUAUAUAAAUUUAAUAGACAGAUAUAUAUAUCACAUUAAUGGCUUCCCUUUUAUUUAAAAAAAUAAAAUAAAUAAAAUUAAUGAAAAAAAUCUUUUACUUACCGGUAAUCCACCAUUCUCCUCGUAGGAGGUUGAUCUGCCCACUGCUCUACGAAUCAUUUAUUGCUUGUACUGUUUUCUCAGUUUUUUUUUUUUGUUGUUGUUUGUUUUUUAACUGAGUGUAAAUUGGUAGACUAAACUACUUCUCUCAUAUUGCAUUAUAAACAUUAAAAUGCUAAUUUACUCAGUUUUCAUAAAACCAUAAUGCAGAAUUUGAACAGUAAAACAAAACCAAGAAAAUAACUAUCUCUUGUUCUAUCCCUAGGACCCCAAGCGGGCUGUAUCUAGGCACUUUGUGCUGUAUUUGCCUCCUCCAGCAUUAUGUAGUCCUGCUUUGCUUGAGGAGUUCUUAGAGAGAUCUGAAUUUAUCAUACAGGAUCUGCGCUGGUUGCUUGCACUGCCUCAUGAUCUUUUUUGGUGUCAGGUAAGAGUGAAACUCUUGCUUCUUAUAACAAUCUCUAACUAAUGGUCCUAUUGACAUUUUAUAGUUAAAGUUGUUUCUUGUUGUGCUGUUUGAGCUAAAAUACAUUUUAAUUUUCAGUGUUUAUUUUUCUUUUCUUUGCCAGGUAAUCUAUGACGAAUCUCUACAGAAAUGUCUUGACUCUUUCCUGAGUAACUGCCCACGGAGCUAUGACCCCCACCCUCCCUUUCCACCAGCUGUGCAGCAAGUUCAGAGUGAACUUCAUCGUUGUGUCUUCCUCACCUUCUUGCGAAUGUCUACACACAAAGAGUCCAAGGUACAGAGUUUUGUAUAGUCAGGAAAAUUCAUUGGAUUUCAUAUGUUAACAGUUUUAUUCCAUGUGCAUAAUGCUGUCUGUAUUCUGCAGGAUCAUCACAUAACCCCAUCUGUGUUUGGGGAGAUCAUAUACAAUAACUUUCUCUUUGACAUACCAAAGCUAAUGGAUAUAUGUGUCUUGUUUGGGAAAGGAAACUCUGGCCUUCUUCAAAAAAUGAUUGGUGAGCAACACAUUUACAACCUAUUGUCAUUACCUUUUCUUUUUUUUUUGCUGUCAAUUUUGGCUCAGUAUUGUACAACUAUAUUUGUAUACAAUUCCUUUUGCACGUUUCCCCAUGUUAAUGUUUUAUUGUCAUUCACACAUCCUUUAUUUCUCUCUGUAUUUACAGGGAGUGCAGAAUUAUUAGGCAAAUGAGUAUUUUGACCACAUCAUCCUCUUUAUGCAUGUUGUCUUACUCCAAGCUGUAUAGGCUCGAAAGCCUACUACCAAUUAAGCAUAUUAGGUGAUGUGCAUCUCUGUAAUGAGAAGGGGUGUGGUCUAAUGACAUCAACACCCUAUAUCAGGUGUGCAUAAUUAUUAGGCAACUUCCUUUCCUUUGGCAAAAUGGGUCAAAAGAAGGACUUGACAGGCUCAGAAAAGUAAAAAAUAGUGAGAUAUCUUGCAGAGGGAUGCAGCACUCUUAAAAUUGCAAAGCUUCUGAAGCGUGAUCAUCGAACAAUCAAGCGUUUCAUUCAAAAUAGUCAACAGGGUCGCAAGAAGCGUGUGGAAAAACCAAGGCGCAAAAUAACUGCCCAUGAACUGAGAAAAGUCAAGCGUGCAGCUGCCACGAUGCCACUUGCCACCAGUUUGGCCAUAUUUCAGAGCUGCAACAUCACUGGAGUGCCCAAAAGCACAAGGUGUGCAAUACUCAGAGACAUGGCCAAGGUAAGAAAGGCUGAAAGACGACCACCACUGAACAAGACACACAAGCUGAAACGUCAAGACUGGGCCAAGAAAUAUCUCAAGACUGAUUUUUCUAAGGUUUUAUGGACUGAUGAAAUGAGAGUGAGUCUUGAUGGGCCAGAUGGAUGGGCCCGUGGCUGGAUUGGUAAAGGGCAGAGAGCUCCAGUCCGACUCAGACGCCAGCAAGGUGGAGGUGGAGUACUGGUUUGGGCUGGUAUCAUCAAAGAUGAGCUUGUGGGGCCUUUUCGGGUUGAGGAUGGAGUCAAGCUCAACUCCCAGUCCUACUGCCAGUUCCUGGAAGACACCUUCUUCAAGCAGUGGUACAGGAAGAAGUCUGCAUCCUUCAAGAAAAACAUGAUUUUCAUGCAGGACAAUGCUCCAUCACACGCGUCCAAGUACUCCACAGCGUGGCUGGCAAGAAAGGGUAUAAAAGAAGAAAAUCUAAUGACAUGGCCUCCUUGUUCACCUGAUCUGAACCCCAUUGAGAACCUGUGGUCCAUCAUCAAAUGUGAGAUUUACAAGGAGGGAAAACAGUACACCUCUCUGAACAGUGUCUGGGAGGCUGUGGUUGCUGCUGCACGCAAUGUUGAUGGUGAACAGAUCAAAACACUGACAGAAUCCAUGGAUGGCAGGCUUUUGAGUGUCCUUGCAAAGAAAGGUGGCUAUAUUGGUCACUGAUUUGUUUUGUUUUGUUUUUGAAUGUCAGAAAUGUAUAUUUGUGAAUGUUGAGAUGUUAUAUUGGUUUCACUGGUAAUAAUAAAUAAUUGAAAUGGGUAUAUAUUUGUUUUUUGUUAAGUUGCCUAAUAAUUAUGCACAGUAAUAGUCACCUGCACACACAGAUAUCCCCCUAACAUAGCUAUAACUAAAAACAAACUAAAAACUACUUCCAAAAAUAUUCAGCUUUGAUAUUAAUGAGUUUUUUGGGUUCAUUGAGAACAUGGUUGUUGUUCAAUAAUAAAAUUAAUCCUCAAAAAUACAACUUGCCUAAUAAUUCUGCACUCCCUGUAUGCCCCGACAAUAGCUUUUCUUUUUAUCAGUCUUUGUUUCAUUUUUUUUUUUAAUAUAAUUUUUACCCCACUUCAAUGUGAAUGUCCUUGUAUGCUUCUACUUUCAGAUAACAUUUUCCGGCAUCAGCCUAGUUAUUACCAAGACCUCGAUGACAGUGUGCCAACACUGUUACAGGUAUGUAGCAAGAGAAUGGCAUGGAUGGACUUGAUAAAGACUAUUUGCCCUGACACAGGUUUUCUGCUCCGAUAGGUGUUGAGCAGUAUCCUUGUAGUCUGUGGAGUUCAGCAGGAUAAAGACUCGGUAGAGCUACAGAAACUGGGAGAACAAAACCGGUCAACACCUCUAGACAUGCCAGUGGAGGUCAGCAACCCAUAUACUGUUUAUGUUCUCUUUAUCUAUGUUCUAUGUUGUUCUUUUUUCACCAUCUAUUCUGUCCUGUUUUAAUCCUGGCUCUACAUUAGGAAUUGCAAGAUGCUGUACUAUAUCUUUGUGAUUCUACAAGCACACUGUGGGCUUUCCUAGACAUUUUCCCAGCUUCAUCGGAAACUUUAAAGAAACAUGACUUCCUUAACCGGUAAGUGGUAUUAGGGAGAGUAAGACCAUGUUUCCUCUUGCAUAUCUGCAGCAUCUUCCUGGUUGUUUGGUUCAGUUUGACCAUCGCUAACUGAAUGCUUCUGUGCUUGCAUAAUUUUAAUUGAGCCUUACAACCAGUUAUGGUGCUCCAAAGGAAUGAGCUAUAAAUCCAGUAUCACACACACACACACGUCUCUGCUAUAAUUAUCAUCUUUAGGAUCUUUAAUAAGGUUACUGGCAGAACAUUAUUUUUUUUAAUUUAUUUUUUUAAAGCCGCUAGAGGAUCUAUAAGUGCUGGUUUUUGAGAAAUCCUGGAACCCUAGUACCAUAUGUUGUCUUACAUAGAUUAUAAAGGUGCUGUGGAUCUUUGCUGUAAUAUCUUUGCACACAGAUUUGGUACUAGAGUAUGGCAGGCAUCUGCAGAACCUAUGUCUUUGGACAGCAGACAUUUCAACAUAACAAGGUAUAUUCUUUGUACCCCUCAGGCUGAGCUGUUUUUAUGAACUGUGCUGCCCAGAGCUAGAGGAUGCAAUAACCAAGAGGACAUUUGAAGACAAAGGGUAAGCACACAAGAAUAUUGUAUUGCUUUCCAAUGGGACAACCCUCUUCCCCCAUCCCCUUCCAUAUAGAACGUCCCUUUUUAGUUUUCAAUUCCAAUUAAUAAAGGGUGCUACCAUGCUAAAGAUGCAGACAAAAUAAGGAAAUGUUUUGCAUACUUUAAUAAAUUUACAUUGCAUGCCAACAAUGUCAUAAAAAGUAUACAGUCCUAUCCAAUACCAAGUAAACAGUUCAAAUAAGUGCAGGAGAAUCUUAUAAAAUGACAGAGAACUUUAACUGCUGAUAGCAGGUUAACAUCAUAAUGUUUGACAUAUAUAAGGUUGUUCACUUAAGUGAGAUUUCACAGUGAACUUUUAAAUUUAAGGCAAAAGAAGAAAAAUUAUAAUUAUCUCUGAAUUUUUCCAACUUUGCUAUUUUUACCUUGAAUUUGACAUUCACUUCUAAUUCACAUUUAAUUCUCACUUUAGUAAAUAACUCUGCUAAUAGGAGAUUUGUUUUCACCUCAAUUUGAUUUGGCACGCUGAUCUGUAAGCAACGUAUUGGGCAAGAGUAUGAAAAAAAAAAAAAAGGAUUUUUCACACCAAGAACACAGAGACCACAUUUGAAAGUUUUCAAAAAAUAAUGGGGUGUCAAACUUACAUUCUAUAGAAAACAGGCACACUAGGUGCAUGUGACUUUGAAUGCAGAGGUGUGUGUGUGUGUGUGUGUAUGUGUGUGUAUAUAUGUGUGUAUAUAUAUAUAUAUAUAUAUAUAUAUAUAUAUAUAACUCUGAAGAAUGUCUUUUCAUGGCCGACCUAGAGCACGGAUUUUUAAACUCACCGCCACAUGCCAUAUUGAUAUUACUUUGUAGAUGACAUUUUCAUAAUAUGGGCCGAAGGAGAAGAAAGCCUUCUAGUCUUCCAGAAAUAAUUUAUUUUCUGUUCAAUAAACCUCAAAAUUAGUUUCUCAAAACACAGUGUGAGGUUCCCAGACUGUGCCAUAACUGUUACCAAUGGCAUUCUUCAUUCAUCUGUACAGAAAAGCCACAGACAUGUACAGCUAACUUCACAAUUCCAGCUUCCAUCCCAAUCACACAAGGUAUCGUCUACACAGGGCUGGUGCAAGCAUCUUCGACUACGCAGGCAAAAAUGCCUGGCUGGCGGACAGCAGUUGAUGUUUUUGUUGUGCCAAAAAUAUUUAAAAAUCCAAGUCUCUGACCAGGGGCUGGGGAUUUGGAUUUUUGCGCCCCCCCCCCCCUGCUGUGGCGCUUUAAGGCAGCCGCCUUAUGGAUGCGCCGGCCCUGCGUCUACAGGCAGUGGUGACAGAGCUCGGGACACCCUAAUUUAAAUGUACCCGCCCCUUCCCGCCAAGGCCACAACUCUUCCUGUUAACAAACACACAUUUUGACAGACACACACUCACAGACCAGCACACACUCUCAGAUACACUGACAUAUACACACACAAACACUAACUGCUUUGACGCAAUCUGACAGACACAUACAACCAUUCAGACACACAUUGACAGAUGCAUACACUCACUGACAGAAACACAUAAGCACUGGCAGACAUGCACAAUUACUCAGACACACACAUUCACUGGACAGACACAAACAUUCACUGACAGACAGACACACAUACAUUCACUGACUCACUCAUUGACACACACUCAAAUUCACUGACACACACACUCACAUUUCCCCCCAAUACUCAUUAUUAUUAUUAUUAUUAUUAUUUUUUUUUUUAAAUUUAAAUCCACCCAACCUAGAGCUGGGUGGAUUUUUCACCUGGGGUCCAGUGGGUCUGCUGGGCAGGGAGGUGGGCAUGUCGUGCAGGCAGGCUGGCGGGCAGAUGGCCACACUAAGCUGUUAGUGAGGGAGCACUUUUCCCUGAGCUCUCCUGCUCAGCCUCCUAGUGCGUCGCAGAGUGAUGCUGGGAGCCGGACUGACUUCAUAUUCCGGCUCCCUGCAUCAGUGCGGGUUGCGCGAGGGAGCUGAGCAGGAGAGCUAUGGGAAAAGUGCUUCCUCGCCGCCCGCCCCGGAAACAACUGGCCGCCUGCCCCGGGGGCCCAAAGGUGGCCAGCACUUGGGCCCCCGUAAGCGAGGCAAACAAGCCAUUUGCCUGGGCAUUUGGGGGGCGGUGUUUUUUGCUGCCCCCUGGAAAUUGCCGCCCAAGGCAAAUGCCUUGUCUGCCUCGCAGGAGAUACGGCCCUGUCUACAGGUAUUGUCUACAGCCAAGAUAUUGUCUGCUAUCAAAUACUGCUGCACUUGCCCUGAUACAGACAUCAUCUGAGCACACACUGUCCGUACAUUCAAUAAAAGGGCUAUAAGGAAAGGACAAUGGCUAAUGGGGUGUGGGGGAAUGAUAAUAAAAUCUGCCAUAAAAACACCAUGGGAUUGGCAUCUUAAUUACAAAUAAGGAAACACACAACAAGGAUACCCAAGAACAAUUACGUAACAUUUUUAACCCCUUAAGGACCAAACUGGAAUAAAAGGGAAUCAUGACAUGUCACAAAUGUCAUGUGUCCUUAAGGGAUAAAGAUCUACAGCUGUUAAUCUCAGAGAACCCCACAUUUAAAUAUUUCUUCAGCCCCCUACACCAGGAACCACCUAACCUAAGAGAUUGGACCUCAAUAAACUGACCCCAGAACAUGAGUUUACACAAAAUGGCACUGUAAUAUACAACAAAUCUGUGUGUGUGUGUGUGUGUGUCGGUAUGUCUGUGUGUGUGUAUGGGUGUGAGUAUGUCUGUCAAGGUGUCUGUGUGUGUCACCAUUUCUGUGUGUGUGUGUGUGUGUGUGUCAGUAUGUCUGUGUGUGUGAGUAUGUCUGUCAGGGUUUCUGUGUUUGUAUCUCACCGUGUGUGUGUGUGUGUGUGUGUGUCGGUAUGUCUGUCAGUGUGUCAGUAUGUCUGUGUGUGUCUUAGUGCUUGAGUAUGUCUGUCAGGGUGUCUUUGUGUAUGUGUGUGUGUGUGUGUGUGUCACCAUUUAUGUGUGUGUCAGUAUGUCUGUCAGGGUGUCUGUGUGUGUCUUAGUAUGUUUGUAUGUGUGUGAGUAUGUCUGUCGGGGUUUAUGUGUGUGUGUAUAUGUCACCAGUUCUGUAUGUCUGUCUGUGUGUGUCUUAAUAUGUGUGUGAGUAUAUCUGUCAGAGUUUCUAUGUUGUGGAUCUUACCGUGUGUGUGUGUGUCAGUAUGUCUGUUAGUAUGUCUGUGUGUGUGUCAGUAUAUAUGUGUGUGAGUAUGUCAGGGUUUCUGUGUGUGUGUCUUAGUAUGUCUGUGUGUGUCUGUCAGGGUGUGUGUGUGUCAGUAUGUCUGUGUGUAUCUUAGUAUGUGUGUGAGUAUGUCUGUCAGGGUUUCUGUGUGUGUCAGUAUGUGUGUCUUAGUAUGUCUGUGUGUGUCAGUAUGUCUGACAGGGCGUGUGUGUGUCCGUAUGUCUGUCAAGGUGUAUGUGUGUGUGUCAUUAUAUCUGUGUGUGUCAGUAUGUCCGUGCAUGUUAGUAUUUCUGUCAGUGUGUAAAAAUGUAAACUUUGCAUGUGUGUCAGUAUUUGUGUGAGUCUUAGUAUGUGUGUGAGUAUGUCUGUCAGGGUGUCUGUAUGUAUCAGUAUGUCUGUCAGUGUGUAUCUCUGUUGUUAGUAUGUAUAUCUGUGUAUCUGUAUUUAGUAUAUCUAUGUUUCUCUAUGUGGUCUGUGUGUAUCUGCGUGUCUGUAUGUGUCAGUGUGUGUAUCUUUGUUAUUGUAUGUAUUUGUGUAUCUGUAUGUUGUCAGUGUGUGUAUAUCUGUGUGUGCAUCUGUAUAUAGUCAGUGUUUUUAUCAGUGUAUCUGCAUGUGUCAGUAUAUGCAUCAGUGUGUCUGAGUAUCCAUAUGUGUCAGUGUUUGUAUAUAUGUCUCUGUAUGUAUUAGUGUGUAUAUCUGUGUCAGUCUGUAUCUGCAUGUGUGUUAGUGUGAGUGUCAGUGUUUAUAUCUGUAUCUGCAUGUGUUUCAGUGUGUGUGUGUAUGUGUGUGGCAGUGUAUGUGUACAUGUGCAUACAGCUCAUCAUUCAAAGCGCCAACACUACACACAAGUACACCCCCUGCAUUCAACCUUCAACACUACAUACAAACUCAGUCCUGCAUUGAAACAUCAACAAUACAUACAAACACAUCUUCGUAUUAAACACCAAAAAUAUACAUAAACACACCAAAGUAUUAAAAAAAAAAAAAAAAAAACUACACAUAGAUGCAUGCUUGCAUUCAAACACACCCCUACAUUUACACAAACAUACUCCAUACAAAAACAUGCUUCCAUUCAAAUACACAAACACAGCUCAGUGCUAAAUACAACUCUGCAAGCAUGGGAAAAUGGUUCCGCUACUGCAUUGGGAAGUGGAGAGCGUGACUGCAUGUCAGGGAGUGGGGCCCGGGGGGGCCAUCAAAUGCUUGCCCAGGGUCCAAUCAAUAUUAAAGCUGGCUCUGCCCCCGCCAACGUCACCUGUCGGAGGAGACCUAAUUACCCUUAAUAUCGAAUGUAUAUAUGUUUAUUUUGUUAUUCACUGCUCCCUCUAUACUUCAAAGUUGCGAGUUCUGCAGCUGUAUAUUUUUUAUGACAAUCUCUGAUAUUUCAUGUGCUUGUUGUCUCUCCUCUGUUUAUUUUCUUGCUCGGGUAUUCACAACCUUGCACUCUCAGACCCAUUUUACUCUAGGCAAUGUACAACAUCCCACUCAACCCUUCUCCUCCUCUAAUAGCAUGAGUUAUUUUAAAUGUUAAACUCUGUCAUGUUGAUCAGAUUUGCUUUAGACCUGAGGAAGCAAGGAUAACUUUGAAGAAAAUUUGUCUUUUAAUUAUUAUUUUAGGCAAAUAAAAUAGGUUGCUUACUGCAAUUUCUAGUUAUUUUGGCCAUGAAACUUUUGAGUCAAUUGUCCAAUUGCUUUUGGUCACUUGAAGAAGAGUCCCAUGUUCCCCAGAGUGAGGAAGACAGAAUGAUCUAUAAGAUUAGGCAGAAAGAGGCUAAGCAAGUUAUAAGAGCUUUCAAAUCACACACAGAAGAGAAAAUAGCACAGUCAGUAAAAAAAGGUGACAAAACAUUUUUUAGAUAUGUAAAUGAGAAAAGGAAAGUAAAACAAGGAUAAGUUAAAUUAAAAACAAAAGAAGGAAGGUAUGUAGAAGAGGAUAAAGGUCAAGCUGACUGCCUCAAUUAAUAUGUUUGUUCAGUAUUUACAGAGGAAAAUGAAGGAAAGGGGCCUCAGUUAGGAAAAAGGACAAAUGAGUAAUUUGUUACAUGUGAGUUUACAAAGGAAGAGGUUCUAUUUCAACUGUCAAAAGUAAAGACAAAUAAGUCAAUGGGACCUGAUGGAAUACACCCAAAGCUAUUAAAAGAGCUUAGUGGUGUACUAGCAAAACCAUUAACAGAUUUAUUUAACCAAUCAUUGUUAACAGGAGUAGUCCCAGACGAUUGGAAGUUAGCGAAUGUUGUGCCCAUUCACAAGAAAGGUAGUAGGGAGGAGUUGGGCAACUAUAGGCCAGUAAGCCUUACUGCAAUAGUGGGGAAAGUAAUGGAAACCAUGUUAAAGGAUAGGAUUGUUGAACAUCUAAAAACACAUGGAUUUCAAGAUCAGAGACAACAUGGGUUUACUUCAGGGAGAUCAUGCCAAACUAAUCUUAUUGAUUUUUUUGAUUGGGUAACUAAAAUUAUAGAUCAGGGUGGUGCAGUAGACAUUGCUUACCUAGAUUUCAGUAAGGCUGUUGACACUGUUGCACAUAGAAGGCUUAUCAAUAAACUGCAAUCUUUAAGUUUGGAUUCCAAUAUUGUUGAAUGGGUAAGGCAGUGGCUGAGUGACAGGCAACAGAGGGUUGUAGUCAAUGGAGUAUAUUCGAAGCAUGGGCUUGUCACCAGUGGGGUACCUCAGGGAUCUGUACUUGGACCCAUUCUCUUUAAUGUUUUUAUUAGUGAUAUUGCAGAGGGUCUUGAUGGUAAGGUAUGUCUUUUUGCUGAUGAUACUAAGAUGUGUAGCAGGGUUGAUGUUCCAGGAGGGAUAAGCCAAAUGGCAAAUGAUUUAGGUAAACUAGAAAAAUGGUCAGAGUUGUGGCAACUGACAUUUAAUGGAUAAGUGCAAGAUAAUGCAUCUUGGAAGUAAAAAUCCAAGGGCAGAGUACAGAAUAUUUGAUAGAGUCCUAACCGCAACAUCUGAGGAAAGGGAUUUAGGGGUGAUUAUUCCUGAUGACUUAAAGGUAGGCAGACAAUAUAAUAGAGCAGCAGGAAAUGCUAGCAGAAUGCUUGGUUGUAUAGGGAGAGGUAUUAGCAGUAGAAAGAGGGAAGUGCUUAUGCCAUUGUACAGAAUACUGGUGAGACCUCACUUGGAGUAUUGUAUGCAGUACUGGAGACCGUAUCUUCAGAAGGAUAUUUUAUACUUUAGAGAGAGUUCAGAGACGGGCUACUAAACUGGUUCAUGGAUUGCAGGAUGAAACUUACAAAGAAAGGUUAAAGGAACUUAACAUGUGUAGCUUGGAGGAAAGACGAGACAGUGGGGAUAUGAUAGAAACAUUUAAAUACAUAAAGGAAAUCAACACAGUAAAGGAGGAGACUAUAUUUAAAAGAAGAAAAACUACCACAACAAGAGGACAUAGUCUUAAAUUAGAGGGGCAAAGGUUUAAAAAUAAUAUCCGGAAGUAUUACUUUACUGAGAGGGUAGUGGAUGCAUGGAAUAUCCUUCAAGCUGAAGUGAUAGAGAUUAACAGAGUAAAGGAGUUUAAGCAUGCGUGGGAUAGGCAUAAGGCUAUCCUAAUGAAAAUAUUUUUAAAAAUUGGGCAGACUAGACGGCCCGAAUGGUUCUUAUCUGCAGUCACAUUCUAUGUUUCUAUGUUACACAGCUGUAAUUCCUAAACCUUUCCUCCAAUUUGGAUGUAAAAACCAUUGAAUUAAGGCUGGGAGACUGCACUUUAAGGCCAUAUACACUAUUUAACUGUAUCUUGAAUUUAUUUUGUUAAACAUACAAAAUAACAAAGUGUUCAAAUAUUUCUAGACUUAACUGUACAAUUCCAGUUAUCUAGCUGGUUUUCUGUAUGUUGAAGGUUUCUGUGUAACUUAUUUCUGUGUGAAUGCUAGUCUCAAUUCUCAUUAUCAAAUUCUUCAACUAUAUCAUUCACUUCAAAGUUGUUUGUAAAUCAACAAUAAGAAUUCUGUACUCAUCUCUUCAUAGUUUGCAGUCUGAUCUCUGGAGAAGGCUUUCUCACUCCAGGAAAAAGAUGUUGGAGAUUUUUCACAUCAUCCUGAGCAAAACAUGUCUUCAGCCCAUCUUGGAACACAAGUAUGUAACGGUUAGAGCUCUACCAAAUAGAACUGUUGGCCAACCACACAACUCCCCUUCAUUGGGGUGACAUUACAUCCCAUUGUACAACACUACGGAAUUUGCUGGUGCUAUAUAAAAUAAUAAUAAUGGUAUUUCCUUAUGUAGAAUAAGGGGACACUGAGCUAAACAAAUAAUGAAGAUGCCUUAAAUUGCAUGAAACCAAAUGUGUGUGGAGCCUGUAAUUAUGUUAGUAAUUUUGUAGAAGAAGCUGAGACAACUACCACAGAUUAUUCAGUGAGGACAUGUAUUUGUGAAGAUAGUUAUGUAUUUGUAUGACCCUUUACCAUGACCUUUGUGUAAGACUACAAUAAACAUUUGUCUCUUGUGUUGCAGGGCAGAGAAUAUUCAGCCCUAUGUGGAGGAUUUCUUGCAGGUUUUGACAGUGCUACUUCCAGAGAGAAGGUGAGAAUGAAUCAGCAUUAUAAAAGGAGCAAUAUUGUCAUAGAAUAGGAUAAAUCUUCUUCUUAAUUUGUGUUGCAUCCAGCCUGUGUUUUUCCUAGUGUAGCUGUUGUCUUAAAGGGACACUUCAAGCAACAUAAUGCGCUGUAGUAGUUACAUUGUCUAAAGUACCCUGACCAUGUUCCUCUGUUUCAUAUCAAAUAAUUUAAGACAUGCAUAGCACUCUCAGCUAAUCCAUUUCAUCCAUGUUGAACAAAAUUGACAUUGAUAAUGCGGAUGUGUUAAUUGCUCAUUGUCACUGUGGCAGAGAUGGGAGUGUUUCCUCGCAGCCAGGAAAAACCUUGGUUUACAUCUUGAACUUUUUGUUAAUAAACCAACGACGUCUAGGCAGCAUAACUACUGCAGCAUACUGCAAUGGUUACACUCCAGGUUCCAUCUUGCCUUUUAAUUCACUUAGUACUGCAAUUGCAUACUUUUGGAAAUAGUACUGGUGUUUAAAAUUUUUACACCGAUUUUACAUAUAGUUUUUCCAUUUACAUGGAUAAUGUCAGGCUUUCAUAAUGUGUAUGAUGAUGUCUGUUCUGGCAACAUGUUGCUAGCACUGAUGCUUGCUUAAAGCUCUUUAUAUCCCUCUUGGCUACAGGUUUCUUUGUGAUUAUGAUGAGCUAUUUCCCGUGGCUGAUGAUCUGAAUUUGCUACAGCAGGUUUCUCCAUCAAUGUAUCCUUUUCAUAUAUCAUUACGAAGAGGCUAAGUAGGCUUGGAGAAGAGGCAAGAUGUUGAUUGUGUGUUAAGUACUUAACCUCUUUCAGUGAUGAGACCCGCACUACAUACAUAUUGCAUGGAGUGCAAGGAGCAUAUGCUGAUACUCGAAGACCCAUGACCCAUCCUGCACCUUCGUUACAAAUAAGCUCUGUAAGAACUGCUGAAGGAGCACAUGCCAACAAUUAUCAGAACUCUCAUAGUUUGGAACCAGAGGUAAGAGUCUGUCACAAAUCAAAAAUCUACUACUUUGUGUUUUAAAGCUACAUUAUGCAAAGGUGACCAGCCUCUUACUCCCCGCUGAGGAAGGUGGAAUUUCUUUCACUGUCCUUAGCUUGGCUCGGAUGCCAUAACUGUAGCUAAUCAGAAACUAUAAUGCAGCAUAAUAGCCACUCCUGCUCUUAAAUAUUCCUGGCUAUGGCAUUUUCCUUCCUAUACAUUCCUUAUUCUAACUUGUUUUUUCUGUCAUAUCUGCUUAUUCAAUUUCAAUGUAUUAUUUCUUAUAUUGUAUUAUCUUCCAGCAGUACAUCCUUGUACUCCCUAAUUCCAGAACCAUUACUCUUUACUCCACUGACUUUUAUUAUCCCAUCUUCCUCUGUAGUGUUCUGGAGCCACUGCAGGCCCAUACCUCAGUGGGGUAGAGCUGGACUCCCUGGUGUCACAAAUAAAAGAUUUGCUUCCAGAUCUGGGAGAUGGAUUUAUCCUUAACUGCCUUGAAGAAUAUGCAUAUGAUCCUGAGAGAGUCAUAAAUAAUUUGUUGGAGGAAAACCUCACCCCACGGCUGCAAGAGAUGGACCGCACUUUGCCCAGGUAUUAAGGGGCUAACCAUUAGGGGUGCCUGCUGUUCUCAGUCAAUUGUUACAGGCUAUACAGUGAGAUUGACAUCACUAGCUUAAAGACAUCAAAUGAUAUGUGGAACCAGUUAUUACAUAAGGCAAAUGUAGAAAGGUGAAAUAACAUUCCUUAGCUUCCUGUCUAUUGUUUUAUAAAAUAGAUUACAAAGCAGCUCACCAAAUGUUUGGUAUGACGGAGGAGUCCAUGAUGUCUCAUGCUUUCUCCAGUGAGCAUAUAAAGCCUGCCCUGUUAAUACAACAUGAAAAUAUAUCAAGUGGGAAAAGGGAAAGCUCUAAUGGUGUCUUAAAAGAUAAUUGUUAAUGCAUUGAAUUAUUGAUUGUAAACAAAUACGCACUGUUGUUUUUAAAGUAAUAUUGGUGCCCUUUGUCUUUUAGACAGGAAAAGCUGGAUCCUUGCCCGCUUGUUUCCUCGAGAUCAAAUGUCUUUGCAGAUGAUGAGUUUGAUGUUUUCAGCAGAGAUGUUGUGGACACGUCACGAAUCUGGAAAGGAAGGAGGUGAUGAUCAUUAAUAGAAUUCAUAUAGUCUGUCUGAACAGACAUGCAAUUGUAAAAGCUGUUCAUGUGCAAAAUGUCUGGUUUACUAUAACUGCAUUGUUAAAUUGAUUCAUAGAUACAAGUAUGUUGGGAUAGAAGUACAUAGAUUAAUGUAUAUCUUACUAAGCCUGUUUGUAUUGAUCAGCAUAUCUAUAGCUACAUCCAUGUAGGAAAAAUAUAUUAAGGGAACCAAUUUUAACCACUGCACUACCAAAAAGCAUGGUAUACGUGAUCAAAAUGGGAAAUGGGUUACUCAAACAUCAUAACCACUUCAACCCAUAGUAGUGAUUAUGAUGACAGGAAUACUUUGGCCAUUCCCCGGUAAAAGGGUAAACUGUUUUAAUAUGUUUUGUCACUUACUUGGAUCCUACUAGAAACUGAGCCUUAAUAAAUGGCAUCUGAAUGACAUCUGGCUUCUGCAAAGCUCCAAAAACUGUGAGCUUCCACUAAGCAUUCUCUGUUAAUGAAUGCGCAGCAUUAAUAUUAGCCAAAUGAGAAUUCUCAUUCCGUUGUUGGAAUUGGAGUUGCACCUCCAGUAGCUAGUUGAAGUGGUCAUUGUGCUUAAAGUAACUCUUUAAUGUAGUAACGAUAUGUAUUAACGAUAGUGAGAAGUAACAAUAUGUUUUUUUUUAAAUAACAAUUAAGUAAUGAAUACUUCUGCAAAAACAGAUUGUAAAAGGGUUUAUCUCCACCUAUAGUCCAUUUUUGGAAGUGCAAUGGAGCAAUAUACAAAGAAGAGGAAGGGAACAUCACAUAGUGUACGCCAGUUUUAAACAAUGGUGCAAAGUGUAUUCCUUAAUGAUCAGGUACAUCAAUUUUUGUUUGCUUACUACAUAUGCUUUAUUACCUAAUACAGGAAACAGGAGACAACUGCCCAGCUUUUGGCAGAUAAAAGUUUAAUCUCUGCACAGAAGGAGCGGUACUCCAAGUAUAGCAUGGUCACAGAGGAGCUCAUCAUGGAUGGUGAUUAUGAUGAUGAGUAUGAUGACACCUAUGAUGGGAACCAAGUUGGUGCAAAUGAUGCAGACUCAGAUGAUGAGCUAAUUAGUCGCAGGUAAUGCCACUUCUCUCUCCCUCUUUAUCUCUGGCCAAACUCUAACAUUUCAGGCAUUAUUCAUUAAAUAUAGAGUAGUAGACUAAAAUAACCCAAAUUUUAAUCCCAUAUCUUAUAAAAUAUGAAUGUCACAACCCACUUUUUAUGUACUCUCCUCCCAAAUUCACACCCAUUCUCCUUUUUUCCUCUAUUCUUCAUUAUAUUGUAACUUCAGAUUCUAGGUAUCAUGGAGAUUGUUGUACAUAUAUAAAUCUCACAAUAGAUGGUCAACUGUUAAUAUACAUUUAUAUAUAUAUUAUUUUUGCAUGUGUAUAUAAUUUUGAAUGUAUGUGUAGUGCUUACAGUACCAAGAUUCCCGUGGUGCUGCCCCCUCAAUAAGUAGUGAAAACAUUUUCAAUUCUUGGACAUUUAUCUUGGAUCCUAGGGCAACUUUGUUCUGGCCUCCUCUUUUAAUAUCACUAAACUAUAUCACUAAAGUUCCUACUUCCACGUUAAUAGCAUCACUUCUGAUGGUCUUUAGAAUGAAUUCAGUGACUAAGGGCGUCAGCUGAUGCUCUCCGCUAAGGAUUUCUGUCCAAAUAGGAACAAAAUUGAAAUAUAAAUUAUAGGAUGGAUAUCUCUGUUUUUGAUAUGUCAGAAGAGAAGGUAGGGCCACCGGCACCCAGUUAACACGAGCAAGUGUCAAGCUGUUUGAAAACCCUAUUUGCCAUCUGACAGCUCCAGUGUUGUGGUAAUGGGGACUAGACAGACCCUUUAUUAUUUAAUAAAAGUGUUUUUUUUUUGUAAUUAAACCUUUGCUUCUCUGCUUUCUAUAUUCAAGUUCUGGUUGUAGCGGUUUCGUUGUAUUUUUGUUGAAACUUUGCAGUUAGUGUUUUCAAUUUACUACAGUGCAGUUGCAGAAGUAUUUAUUUUCUGGAGUACAGAUAAAUUGCUAGUUCUAUCAAAAUAGUUACCAGAACGUCUAUAUUAUCUCUAUUAUAAAACAAACUUUCUAUAGUGAUCUCAAAUAUUUGUGAGUAGAUUUUAAGAAUGUAAUACCACCUAUAUUUUCUAGACCCUUCACUAUACCUCAGGUUCUGAGAUCACGGGAGGAGGUAGCAGAAGACGAUCAAGAGGAUAAAGAGGAGGCAGAAGAAGAAACCAUCAAGGUACAAAGAAAUUUAUUGGGCUAUAUCCACUGUGUUAUUGGGAUGAUAACCAGGUCAGAGUGCAGUUGAAAGAACAAUUGGACGUAUAUUUUGUAAUUCAUCAGUAGACAUAUGAGCAACAAGGUGCACUCCAUAGAAUGCACUAUAAGACAAGAGGGUAGACAUACAUGUAGACAUACAUGGAUUACAAUGUACCUAUAUCAUCAUUUUUUUUUUAAAGACAUCUUCACCUGGCAAAAAAAUAACUUAAAGUAGUGGUUCUGAAAAUGACUCCAAUAGUAUAAAUUGUACAUAGAUAUUUAAUAAUCUAUGUGGUACAUAGAUUAUUAAGAUAGUAAAGGGGAUAGCCGUGGUUUGCCCCUCUUUUCUUUUUUUUUUUUCUUUUUUAAGUAUAAAUCUUUAUUUGGUUUUCCACAAGAAAAAAUUACAAACAUCUUAUACCAAAAAACAAUACAUAUCUGGCAUUCAAUCUAAACAAUAACUUUUAACAUACACCAUUCGCACACAAAAAAGUGUGAUAAGGACACAGCAUACGUAGGAUACAUUAUAUGUCUCCUAUUUCUUUGACAUCUUAAUAAUCUGAAGUGUGUUAGUGAACCACUCCUAUAUUUCAAUAAUCAUCUUAUAAUUUGUAAACACUUUAUUCCCAUAUCAUAUUUCUGUGCAUUAUCUUUCCCCCUAUAUAGGCCUAUCUCAUCCUUGAUCUGAGACAACAGUUGUUUCUCCUAAUGUUUACAAUCAAUAACAGUGGAAUUUUUCCAGCUUCUAGCUAUCAGAAUCUUCACUGCCAUGAAACAAUGAAUAGUUAAAAAUUGUUGAGAUAGUGAUAUAUCAGGCCAGGAGCGCCGAAGCUGGAGAUUGAUCUAUUAAAAUUUUAUCCCAAACAUAUAAUCUUCUGAAAACCUCAUUCCAUAGUUUUCUAAUUAAUUUGCAACUCCAACAAAUAUAAAUAAAAUUUUCAAUUUCACUCCCACAUCUCCAACAAAUGUCGGACUCAUUAUGAUCAAUUCUAUUUAGUCUGCUUGGCACUAAGUACCAAAGGUAGCAUAUUUUAUAAUGUGUCUCAAACAGAAUCGUAUUAUGAAUAUUUUUUUUUACCUUUAGCAUCAUAUUGCCCCAGAUCGUAAUAUCAAUUUUUAGGUUACAUUCCUUUUCCCAUCUUUUUAUUUGUUUAGACAUUAUGUCUUUAGGAGCCGAUCUAAUUAAUGCAUAGCAUUUAGCCAUAUUUUUCCUAGGACUGUGGCUUCCAAAAAUUUGCUUUAUGAGUCCACUACUUGUUAUGUUACCCUUAAGAGAUUUCCCUACAAAUGACUUUAUUCUUAAAUAACGAAAGGCCUCUACUUGGGGAAGACCAAAUUCUUUUGACAGAGUUAGAAAAUCUUUCAUUUUGUCCCCUAUUAUAAUAUCAUCCAUUGUUUUAAUAUUCCGAUAUUUCCAGGUAUCUAUUAUUCAAAUCGGUCAUUAGAACCUCCAAUAUUUCUAUCUCCAUAAAGCCAAAAAUAUUACUCAGAAUUUUUAGUUUUUUCCUUAUCAUAAACCAAUUGGUAAAUAAAUGAUUUAAAAUUAUAUUUUUAACUUCCUUCCCAGUAUUCUUGGGUUGCCAAAGAUACUUAUUUAUUUCCUGCCUAUUCAAUGGUUGAGUCUCUAGUCCAAACCAACCUGUUUUUUCAGAAUCUUUUUUGCCUAAUAACUGGCUUCGUAAUGUCUUAUAAUAUUUGGGAAGUUUACUCCUCCUUGCCCUAUACUAUUCGUUAAUUGAUCUAAUUUAAUCCGAGGCUUCUUCCCUUUCGAAAUAAAAUUCUUAAAUAGCCUUUGUAUUAUCUCCAACAAAGGUAUGGGAAUUUUUAAGGGAAUCAUUCUAAAAAAGUAGGUCCAUCUCAGAACAAUAUAUGCAUUUGUUUAUCCUUUCCAUCCAACUAAAAAACAAAGGAUUCCACUUUUUAAGCAAUAGCCUUGUAAAAUUAAGCUCUACCAUUUUUUCUAUCUUAUCCGAUAUUUGUACUCCCAAAUAUUCAAAGCUACCAUUAGCAUCUGUGAAACCAAAUGUCUUUAUAAAUUCAUUCUUCCACCCUGUUUUACAAUUUUUAAACAUCACUAUUGUUUUUUCUGUAUUUAUCUUAUAAUUUGAAAUAUUACUGUAUGCUUCUAUUUCUUUCAUCAAGUUAUGGACCGAUUGAAUAGGAUCCGUAAGAGUCAUAAUAGUGUUGUCUGCAUACAUGCUAAUUUUUAGCUCUCUAUCAGGGGUUGGAACCCCCUAAUAUCAGGGUUAUCUCUUAUUCUAAUGGCAAGAGCUUCCAUAGAUAAAAUAUAUAAUAUUGGUGACAACGGGUACCCUUGACAGGUGCCAUUUUUUAAUGGAAACCAAUCUGAGCAUAAGUCUAUACCCACCACCCUCGCCAUCGGAUUUUGGUAAAUAGAGGCUAUCGCUGUCAGCAUCCAGCCAUCUAUACCCAUUGCUUUCAGUACCCCCAUCAUAAAUCCCCACCCGACCCUGUCAAAGGCCUUCUCGGCAUCCAGUGAUGGGGUCAGGAGGGGAAUCUGAGUUCUAUCUCCCCAGUCCAGAACGUUAAUCAAUCUUCUUAUAUUGGUACUCGCUUGUCUGGUAGGGACAAACCCUAUCUGGUCUCUAUCCACUAAUUCCAUAACUAUUAUUUUAUUUAACCUGUCAGCUAGUAUGGAUGAGAAUAAUUUGGAGUCCACACCAAUAAGCAAGAUUGGACAAUAGUUUUUUAGUUCUUGGGGGUCCUUGUCUUUUUUAUGAAUUGGGAUUAUGUUUGCGUAUAAUAAUUCUUUUUGGCCUAUACCUUUCAAUGAUAUUUCAUUAUAUAUUUUAGUUAGGUGUUCUGCCAAGAUGUCUCCAUAUAGUUUAUAAAAUCUAUUGGUCAGACUAUCUGGGCCAGGGGUUUUAUAUAUCACAAGUUUCUUAAUGGCAGCUAUAAAUUCCAUCUUUUGGAGGGGAGCAUUUAAUAUUUUUUUUUUUUGCUCCUCUGAAAGCUUCGGAAAGUUUAUUUCCCUCAGAUACUCUUUUAUUAACUCCUCUUUUGGUUGGUUAGGUAUAUUAUACAACUCUUCAUAAUAUAUUUGAAAAGCUUUGGCUAUACUUUCUGUUUUUUUAUGCAAUAUUGAAUCCUUUCUAAUACUACUGAUCCUAUUCUUGCCCUUUGUUUUCUUAAGUUUUUUAGUUAGCCAUUUAUUGAUCUUGUUAUUGUCAUAAUAAAAGUUUACUUUCAUCCUCUCCAAAUUUUUUUCUAUUCGUUCUCUUUCUAUUUUCUCUAUUUUCGUUUUAAUCUCUAAAAGUUGUUUGAGUGAGUCGCUAGUUAGCAACCUUUUAUUUCUUCUGGCCAACUGGUAGUAUUCUAUAUAUAAUUUUUCUCUGGUCUGACCUUUUUCUCUCUGUGUCUCUUCUUUAAGUUUAAUCAAAUACCCCCAUACGACCGCUUUAAAUGCACACCAUAUUGUGGCUGCUGAGAGCUCCUCCGAGUUAUUCUCUUUAAAAUACCACUGUAUCAUUUCCCCAAUUCAUAUUUGGUCUGCCUUGUUAUUCAAAAUGUUAUCGUCUAAACGCCAUCUAGUAUUGGGUGUAUAUUUUUUAUCGUCUUUUGUAUUAAAAAUAAUAUAGCUAUGGUCUGACCAUGUAUUCUCUUCUAUAUGUAUAUAUUUUAUUUUGUCUACCAGCUUUGCUUCACCCAACACUGUCUAUUCUACAGAGAGAAGAAUGUACUUUAGAGAAGUGCGUAUAUUCUCUUUCCUCUGGGUUGUAUACCCUCCAUAUGUCUAGUAGGUUAUUUUCUUGAAGUAUAUUUCUCAAUAUCCUAGCUUGAUUUCUCAGAUGUUUACUUAUCGGUUUAUUGUUUUUUGUUUUUUUUAUCUAGAUCUGUAUCUAGCACACAGUUAAAAUCACCCGUAAUAACUAAUAACUAUUGAGGUGACAUUAUAUCUCCUCAAUCUGUAAGCCUUGACAAUAUCUCGCAUAUUGUCUAGGGCUAAGGUCUAUACCUGACCUUAAAGUGGAAGCUCCUGAGGGGCAAUCGUAACCGUAUUAUUUAUUUAUGUAUUCAGCAUAUGGGCCCAAGGGCAGAAAUUGACUUUCCUUUUGGGGAAAAAAAAAAAAUACUUUUCAAAUACCAUCACAAAAAACAUCCAACAAAUAAAAAUCUCUGUUGAAAUCCAAAUACCAUUCCCAUCUCUGGUACUUGAAGCCCUGUCUUUAAUAAUCCCCAGAAGAUCGCCCGCUCUAUUUCCGUAACAUAUUGCUCGUUAUAAAAUUAUUCUUAUUGGAUCAAUGGAUUGGUCUUUUAUCCAUUUGGCAUUGCAUCUACUCUAUUUACUAUAUUUUAUAAAACAUCUGAGAAACUCUCCAUCUAUUUUAAUCAGAAUAUUAAUAAAUUGUUCUCCCUCUCUCAUAGUCUCCCACCUCUCCCCCUUCAUAAUGGGGGUAUAGAGUGAGGUAAGAUAGAGAAGAGAGAGGGGAGAAAAAAAAAAUUACAUAACUUCCAACAUAAACUUAAUAGUGUGCAUAUUUAUUACUUUUUCUAUUUCUAUUUCAAAUGUAGGCUCCCAUUCCUAUCCCUAUCAUUAUACCUAUUUUAACAUUUAUCUAGUGUGAACCAUUUUUUGUGUUAUUAAUUCAAAACCCCCCUUUUAUAUUGAAAUAAGGUCAUCGGACCAGCCUUUACAAAUUAUCUAUUAUAAAUUCUAUUUCUCAACACUCCUAUAGUGAGUUAUCUAUAUGUCCAUUCUAUUAAACCAUUUACCUUUCAUUUUUCCUCUCCUCUUUUUAUACUUCCCUUAAGAGAUCACCAACGUGUAUACGUGUAUUUUCUUAACUUCCAGCUAGUGCAAUAUAGUAUACAUAUUUCUCCUUUUGACUAAUUUAGGCAUAGAAUUUUACCUUCAUUCCUGCCCCCAACUUUGUGCCAAUUAUCAUAUAUGUAUAUAUAUUUAAUCUACUUAUUCAUACCCUCAUAUUAUGCAAACAUAUGAAAAAAAAAUUAAAAAAAAUAUAUAAUAUACAAUAUAUAUAUCCUAAGAUAGUGCCACAGUUCAAAUAAUAUAUUAUAAAUGUGUCCUCCUUUAAAUUUCACAAAAAAAUAAAAAAUAAAAAAAAGGAGAGUCUCCAUCUGUUCUUCCACAGAACUCUCCGUACUCCUUAGAUUCUUAUUUAAAUUGUUGUGUUGCCCAGUCUUCUAAUUCUUUGGGGUUCAAGAAUAAUUUUCUCGUGUCGUUCCAGUUUAUUGUAAUAGCUUUGCCUGGGCCCCAUUGAUAUCCAAUGUCUCUUUCCUUCAAUGGUUUCAACGCAUCAAAAUACUUUUUUCUCCACAUUCUUACAGAUCUGGAAAGGUCUUGAUAAAUCUGAAUAUUUACAUUUAUCAUCUUCUGAAAAUGUCUUAUUUCUUAUAGCAUAGAUUAUUUGUUGCUUGAAAAGCAGAGAAUGUAGAGUAACAAUCGUGUCCCUGGGAUAAGCAUUUUGAAUUCCUUGUGGUUUUUUAAUUCUACAUAUAUUUUCCAUACAUACUGCCGGAACUUGUACUUGUAAAUUUAAUGCUGCAAAGAGUUCUAAUAAAUACUCUUUUAUUUAAUCAUAGGAAAUGGCUUCUGGUAUAUUUUUUUAUCCUUAUGUUUCUCGCUCCCAUUCUUUCUUCAAUCAAAUUUAAUCGAUUGUCCAAAUUUCCUAGUUCUAACUUCAUCUUAUUUUGUUAUUCUGUAAUUCAUUUGCAGUGAUUUACUAUUUGUUCUUGGUUUUCUUCAACUUUAGCUAUCUUCAUGUUGAUUUUUUUCCCAUUUGUUUUGUCAUUAGGGCAGUACUGUUAUCCAAUUCUUUUUUAAAGAUUUCUGUUUGACUAUCUAAACUGAUCCUUAUAAAGUCUUGGAGAUUGGUUGUAGAACUUCUUUUAUCCUCCGAUAAUGAUUCAUUUAUAAAGGAUGUUUCUCCACCCUGCUUAUUUUGUGGAAAAAAAAAGGUAGAGGCGUAUUUUUCAUUUUUAUUUUUUUUAACAUCCUUAUUUUUGGGGGGAUCUUCGGCAUAGCCAUUUAGGCUGAUAUUUCCACAGUAUUUUUUCUUAAAGGACCACUCUAGUGCCUGGUCCAGCUAGGGUUAACCCAUUUUUUUUUUAUAAACAUAGCAGUUUCAGAGAAACUGCUAUGUUUAUAAAUAGGUUAAUCCAGCCUCCAGUGGCUGUCUCUUGACAGCCGCUAGAGGCGCUUUCGUGCUUCUCACAGUGAAAAUCACAGUGAGAAGACGCAAGCGUCCAUAGGAAAGCAUUAUGAAUGCUUUCCUAUGAGACUGGCUGAAUGCGCGCGCAGCUCCUGACACGCAUGCGCAUUCAGCCGAAGAGGCGGAGAGGAGGAGGAGGAGAGCUCCCCACCCGGCGCUGGAGAAAGGUGAGUGUUUAACCCCUUCCUCUCCCCAGAGCCCGGCUGGAGGGGGUCCCUGAGGGUGGGGCACCCUCAGGGCACUAUAGUGCCAGGAAAACGGGUAUGUUUUCCUGGCACUAUAGUGGUCCUUUAAUAUUAUUUGAAUAUCUCUGGCAGAUAUAAAAAUGUUCUCCUUUCCCCUAUUUUUCCUCUACUUAUCUUUCUCCCCAGCUCUCUGAUCAACUUUAAGAUUUUUACUUAUCUUUUUAUUGCAUUCGUCUUUCUUUCAGAAAAGACCUUUGUGCAAUUUAGGAGUUUUUGUGCCCCUUGCAGCUUAAUAGCCCAUCCUGUUGUUUUUUAUAUAUGAGGUCAAAUAUAAGCAGACGACACUUAUAGUGAGUACAUUUCUGUAUACUUGCAGUUCACUCUGCUAAUCCCAGCAUGAGAGUCACUGAUUAAAUCCCUGGAACAGGGUUAGUCAGGAUAUAUUCUGCCAGCCGAUUGUCCGUACUUCAUAAGACCAGAGAUGCUGUAGUCUCUAGACGCCGUUCCCUCAUGGUUGCAUCUUCCUCCCCGGUUCGUUUUCCCCCUGAGCUCCACCUCUUGGUGCGUGCGCUUACGUUGCGUCACGCGCCGCUCCCAUCUCCCGGAAAUGGUUUGCCCCUCUUUUCUAACACUUUGUGGUCAGCAGGUGUGGGGAUAAAGUUCAGGAGGCUUGCGGUUUAUUACUUUAACCCCUUACGGACACAACUUCAGGAAUAAAAGGGAAUCAUCACGGAAUAUUUCCGUCAUGUGACCUUAAGGGGUUAAAAGUUAUUCGCAAAAGCUGCAGCACUAUAUGAACAAAGUCUAUAUACUAUAGAACAUAUCACUAUAGAACAAGGUCACAAAAAGAUUUAAGUAGAAAGGCUCAUUAAAUUAAAUGGGAUCAACAUUAUAGUGCAAUGGAGCAGAGAAAGGAAAACUAGAAUACUGUGUAUGCAUGUACACCAAACCAAAGCAAUUCUACUGGGGUCAAACAUUUGUUUAUUUUUGGUAACUAACCUGUUUGGAAUCCUGGCUCUUAAAUUGCUGGUGGAUACAUAAUACCUUUUUUUUGUAUUUUUUUUUUUUUUCUUCAGAAUGAUCACUUUGUACAGGACCCAGCAGUACUUAGAGAGCGGGCUGAGGCACGAAGAGCCAAUUUCUAUGCCAGAAAAGGGUAAGGAUCAUACUUUUAUUUAAAAAAAUGUUUUCUAUGUUAUAUGUUGCAAAAUUGGAAGUGCUUCACACUGGGGUUUUUACCUUCUUUUGGAUCAACAGUAAAAACAUGUGAGGAAGGCUGAACUUGAUGGAGCAAGUCUCUUUUCAGCUAUGUAACUAUGUAAAGCCAACGAUACAUAUACUCUCUGUCACGUGUGUGUGUGUGUGUUUCUAUUGACUAUUCCUUCUUAUUUUAAAUCUUGUUUCAUACAAAGUGCAGAUUAGUCUGUUAUAUUAACAUUGUAACAUCACUAUCAUGUUAAAGGGACACUGUGUGCACCAAAAUCACUUUAUCGUAAUAAAGUGGUUUUUGUGAAUUGAUGCUCUGUCCCAUUUUUAUCUGGCGAUGUAAAACAUUGCCAUGUUUGACUAAUGGCAAUGUUUACAUUUGUAAGAGAACACGUCUUUGAUGGCUGUUACACUGACAGCUUCUAGAGGUGCUUCCUCAUUGAAGACCGCACGGCAUGAUGGUGCCAAUCCUGUCCAAUGUGUCCCUUUUGGAAAAUAUCUGAAUGGAAGAGUUUAUCGAUUGUCACACAUGCUCAUUAUGUCCUCAAUGCCUAUUUAUAAGGAUUGCAUUUCACCAGAGAAUGUACGUUAGCUAUUCAGUAGCCAGCAUAAUAUAGAAGCAGUAUAAAAUUACCUCAUCACCAGAGGCAGGAUGGCUGCACCAAGGAGACACCCCCAGUGCUGCAUUAAAGGUUAAUAAAGUUUAUGGUGUUUUCUUAAGUACAUUAAAGGACCACUAUAGUGCCCUGAGGUUGCCCCCACGCUCAGGGACCCCCUCCCGCCGGGCUCUGGGGAGAGGAAGGGGUUAAACACUUACCUUUCUCCAGCGCCAGGCGGGGAGCUCUCCUCUUUCUCUCCGUCUCCUCUCCUCCUCUUCGGCUGAAUGCGCAUGCGUGGCAGGAGCUGCGCGCGCAUUCAGCCAGUCUCAUAGGAAAGCAUUUACAAUGGUUGGCUCUAGCUCCUUUGUUGGCUUCUUUCUUCCUGCAAUGCUUUCCUAUGGACGCUUGCUUGCGUCUUCUCACUGUGAUUUUCACAGUGAGAAGCACGCAAACGCCUCUAGGCUGUCAAUGAGACAGCCACUAGAGGCUUUAGAGGCUGGACUAACCUAUUUAUAAACAUAGCAGUUUCUGUGAAACUGCUAUGUUUAUAAAAAAAAGGGUUAACCCCUGCUGAAGCAGGCACCCAGACCACUUCAUUAAGCUUAAGUGGUCUGGGUGCCUAUAGUGGUCCUUUAAGGAACGUGCUAAAAAUAAAUAUACAUUAGUGUUUCUUUAAGUCUUAAGUUUUGACAUGCAUAUUGAUAUGUCUAGCAGGAUUUCAGCCAGUGCUGCAACAGUAAUUAGUCACUAAUUAUCUAAAUUGACAAAGCACUAUGACAGAAUGUUUACACACAGCAAUGGAUGAUUUAGUUAUUAUAAUAACUAACUAAUAAUUAAUAAUUCUCUGUCCACAGAAUUCGUCCAGAUAAUUCUGCAGCUUUACAAGGAGCAAACAGGGGCCAAGGGCAGAGCCGUGACACUUUGCAAGAGCGCAGGAAGAAAGAAGCCAACAAAGGAGCUAGAGCCAACCACAACCGCAGGGCCAUGGCAGACAGGAAGAGGAACAAGGGCAUGAUACCUUCCUAAAUCCAGCACUAUUCACCUCAGACAGACUAUGGUUCUCUCCAAAGACACAAUGUUGGGACUUGGUUUUGUUGACAAUAAUCUAUAGCACUUUGGGAUAGUUUGUACCUUUUUAAAUGGGUCCAGUCUGCCCACUACAUUUUUGUGGCAUAUGCUUCCAUUUUCCUGAAACUGUACAUUAGAACUAUCGUGUACAUUAGAAGUAUACAGCUUUAUUGAAGUAAAUAUGUAUUGCUUACUGAAUUUUGAAGUCUCCGAUUCUAAAUAGCCAUAUAAUAUCUAUUUUUCGUCACUGUAGUCUCUUCUUUUCAGGAGUUUCCAAGUUCUUAAG